UCCCAUGAGCGGUGAGGCUGCGGCCGGAAAUGGAGGCGUUACCCGCGGGGAGCGGCGGUCAUAUGACGGGAGAAGAUGGCUGCUGUUCACUGGCACAGCCGCGUCCGGCGGUACGAAGCCGAGCUGCAGGGCUGCCGACUGGAGGCCGUGGAGGCCGGGGACUGCCACCCCUUCAAGCCCAUCACGGUGACCGACUCAAAGACACGGAAGGGGGGCCGCAAAGGAAGUACCUCCUCGUCCUCGUCGUCCUCCAGCUCGACAGCUGCCGACCCCCUCAGCUCCAUGCUGGACGGCACCGAUCCCCUGUCCAUGUUUGCGGCCGCUUCUGCGAGUGAGACACCGGCGCUCUCACACAGCACCUCGGCCGGGGAAUUGGGGCGACGGCGGAGAGAAAAGGAGGAGGAGGUGGGGCCGGAUUUCGAGCCUUGGUCGGCCAAGCGUGGGGAGAUCCUGGGCAGGUUCACCACCACGGAGAAGCUAUCAAUCAACCUCUUCAUGGGCUCAGACAAAGGCAAGGCUUCCAGCCCUGGGUCCACGGUGUCGGAGAAGGUGCGCAACCGGCUGGAGGAGCUGGACGACAUGGAGGAGGGCUCCCAGCGCGAGAUGCUGAACCUGUCCCAGCAGGACUACGUGAACCGCAUCGAGGAGCUGAACCAGUCCUUGAAGGAAGCAUGGUCCUCUGACCAGAAGGUCAAAGCCCUCAAGAUCGUCAUUCAGUGCUCCAAGCUGCUGUCGGAUACCUCUGUUAUUCAGUUCUACCCCAGCAAGUUUGUCCUCAUCACAGACAUACUUGACACAUUCGGACGCUUGGUUUAUGAGCGGAUUUUGUCCAUGUGCUCCGAUGCCAGCACGCCCCCAGACACCUUCUCCCCUGAUUGCGUGAAUGACACAGCGAAGGAGACCUGCCUGAACUGGUUCUUCAAGAUCGCCUCCAUCCGCGAGCUCGUCCCCCGGCUAUAUGUGGAAGCAGCCAUUUUGAACUGUAACUGCUUCCUGUCGAAGUCGGGGGUUCAGGAGACUCUGCCCCGCCUCACAGCGAUGAUUCGGGGAAUCGGGGACCCACUGGUGGCCGUUUACGCCCGGGCCUACCUCUGCAGGGUCGGCAUGGCGGUGGCCCCUCACCUGAAGGAGAGCCUCAACAAGAAUUUCUUCGACCUGCUGGCCUCCUUCCGUCAGACCCACAGUGACAGCGUCCAGAACCAGCUGGUUCUGCAGCGGGUGGAGGUUCCGGUUUACCUGACGCUCUACUCCCCAGCUAUUCACUGGAUCCUGCAGUGUGUGUCCUACCGGGCCCCGGAGGCAUUACUAACCGAGAUGAUGGACAGGUGCAGGAAGCUGGGAAAUAAUGCCCUGCUGCUGAACUCGGUGAUGUGGGCGUUCCGCGCGGAGUUCGUGGCGGCUCGCGCCACCGACUUCAUCGCCAUGAUCAAGGACUGCGACGAGGCAGGAUUCCCCAAGCACUUGCUGUUCGGCUCCCUGGGCCGGAGCCUGGCGUGCGCCGACCCCCCCGAGAACGAGAGGCUGUCCAUCCUGAACGAGGCCUGGAAGGUGAUCACCAAAGUGCGCAGCCCACAGGACUACAUCAGCUGUGCCGAGAUCUGGGUGGAGUUCACUUGUCGCCACUUCACAAAGCGGGAGGUCAACACUGUACUGUCUGACAUCAUCAAACACAUGACCCCCGACCGAGCCUUUGAGGACACCUACCCUCAGUUACAGUCUGUGAUAAACAAGAUCCUCCCCCACUUCCAUGACUUUUCUGUGCUCUUCUCUAUGGAGAGGUUCCUGCCCUUUCUGGACAUGUUCCAGAAGGACAGCGUCAGGGUGGAGGUGUGUCGCUCCAUCAUGGAGGUCUUCAUAAAGCACCAGCAGGAACCCACGCGAGACCCCGUCAUCCUCAACGCGUUGCUGCAUGUCUGCAAGACCAUGCACGACUCCGUGAAUGCUCUGACCCUAGAUGACGAGAAGAGGUCCAUCUCACAGCUAAUAAACGGCUUCAUUCGCAUGGUGUCAUUUGGACGUGACUUUGAACAGCAGCUGAGCUUCUGUGUGGAGGCGCGAGCCACAUUCUGUAACCUGGAGCCCGUCCUGAUCCAGCUCGUCCACACGGUGAACCAGCUGGCCAUGGAGACGAGGCGAGUGAUGAAAGGCAGCCAUUCCCGGAAAACUGGAGCCUUCGUUAGGGCAUGUGCUGCCUACAGCUUCAUCACCAUCCCUUCCCUCACCAGCAUCUUCAGCCGCCUCAACCUCUACCUACUGUCCGGCCAGGUGGCGCUGGCCAACCAGUGUCUUUCCCAAGCCGAUGCCUUUUUCAAGGCGGCAGUGAGUCUGCUGCCGGAGGUGCCGCGCGUCAUCGGCGUCGAGGGAAAACUGCGCUCCUCCGAGCCCUUCCUGCUCGACUUCAUAAACAACUUCCUGUCCACGCUAUUGGUGGUGCCGGACCACCCAGAGCAGGCUGUGCUCUACCUGGUGCGUGGCCUCCUCAACAUGGUGCAGGACUACACCUGGGAGGAGGGCAGCGACGCCAAGGUGCGCGUCUACAUCAGCGCCCUGCCGCUCUUGGCGGCCAUGAGCCAGGAGACCUAUCUAUACUCCAUCCCCAAAGUGGACUCCAAUGAAACGCUCUAUGGCAGCGACCCCAAAUUUGUGGCAGAAAUCAACAAGUUGUGUGAGACGCUGAUUGGACAGGUGCUUGACCACCUGAAGAGCCUGGGCAGAGAGGAGGCGGCUGGGGUGCGCAAGCAGAGCAGCCUGGCCUUCUCCCUGUUUGGCUGCCUGCUGGCCCACGGGAACCUACAAAACAAUAAGCUCAACCAGCUGGCCAUCAACCUGUGGAACCUGAGCCACAAACACGGCUACUGCGAAACGCGGACCUCGGUGCGCACUCUGGAGCACAUUAAACAGCUGGGCCAACAGCCAGGCAUGGCCCACAUCUCUGAUAUGGCUCUCCGGCUCUCCCUGCAGUCCAGGGCAUGAACUGCACUGAACUUUGCAGCUUCCUCCGUCUCCACCUAGUCGGCGGCCCCUGUCCUAAAAUAUUGCUCAUCUGGUCCCUUCCUUACCUGAAGCAGGAUACACACUGCUUGCUCACCUGAGGCGUGAAAAGCCUAAUGGACCAAGCCUACAAACGCAGCACACACAGCCAACCAAUGAGAGGUGACAAGCGCCCAGCCAAUGAGCUCACUGCUCAGAGCCUCGGUGAGCACCAGCAGCAGAAAUGCAUCGAAGGGCUGGUGCUAUCUUAACCAAUCACUGGCAUUUCAGACUAACUUCAGUUCACAAAGCUGCUUCUGUCUGUGUGUUUUGCAUCAGCCAGCCCUAAACAUUCCCUGUUGGCUUUAGCCUGCAGUGUACAAAAAACAGACAUAUUGCACUGAGCAGCAGGCUUGCUGGCAGAUAGGAUUUCUUGUAUCACUCUACGCUAAACACAUUACAAAUUCUCUUAAGCCAGCUCUUUGUCACCUGCAGCUUUUCGGAAGAAAAUGAAGAUCACCAUGCUUUGAUUGGAAAUUAGUAAUUGAAUAGGUUGUUCACUGUCAUUUGUCUGUACUUUGACAUCAGCUACAUUUUUCUUGUAUAAAAAGCGAGCAUUGAUACAAA